UUCAUUGAAUUUGCCAUCAGAAAAGUGACAACACAGCUUAUUUGCUGGAUGCGCCACAGUAGCCCCACCACGACCCCCGUUCUAUCCAACCAGUCCAAAAAGGAUUCAGACAAAAACGUUCUGCCCUUGUAAAGGAUUCCUUCGCAUCAUUAACAUAGGCAAAUGUCAAAACAAAAAUAAAGACAAACUAUUGGGAAAAUGUCGUCACCGGACACGGAAUCGACUCUGAAUGCCGCAGCAUACAAUAUUGCCAAUUGGCAGCCUAUAACGCUUACACUAGUGGAAUAUCCUAAAGAUGAUCUGCUGGGUAAGCUUCUUGCGUGGAUCAGUUUGGCACCGUUAGGUAUCGGUGCCGGUUUCGUGGCACUAAUAUUGUUCCGAAGAGAUUUGCAUACCAUCGUAUUCUUUGUGGGUACUCUAUUUAAUGAGGGAAUCAAUAUAUUUUUAAAACAUUGGAUUAGGGAACCUAGACCGGUGAAUCGAUCACAGAUCUGGACUGAGUACGGAAUGCCUUCUAGUCAUUCGCAGUGCAUGUGUUUUUUCGCGCAAUACGUACUGCUUUUCAUUUUUAUAAGACUGCAUCAUAUGAAUAACAACAAUGCACGAGCAGAACGCUUAGUACGAAUUCUGGUCCUAGUAAUGUGCUGGGUGGUCACCAUCCUCGUCUGUUUUGGCAGAAUCUAUCUGCAGUAUCACAGCCUGAGUCAAGUGCUGGUCGGUGCUUUUGUUGGCAUCUUCAUUGGAACAUUCUGGUUCUUUUUAACACAUUAUGUCCUGACGCCUUAUUUCCCGAUGGUGGUCUCGUGGCGAGUGUCGGAAUUGUUUCUUCUACGGGACACUACGCUAAUUCCAAAUAUUCUUUGGUUCGAGUACACUGUCACGCGACAAGAGGCUAGGGCUCGGGCCCGUAAAUUGGUCAGUAUGAAAUCCCAGUGACGUUUUUGGUCACCGUUAUCGGACUGCUUCUAUACUCGACGAUACGUUAAAUAGUAGUGAUAGUGGCACGGUUUGGCCAGACUCAACAGCAACUACAACAACAACCUUUCAAUGAAAAGCAUCGCACUUCCGAGUGCAGGAGUAAGUUUAUCAUUCUCACAUGCAUCUUGUAGUUGGAAAGAGAGAAACAAACGCACAGAAAUAAUACCUUAGGUAAAAAACUGUAAAAUUUAAACAGCAUACACAAAGUCCCGAAACCUUUAAUUUCAAUUUUCUUUGUUUGAUUAGUUUUAGUAACUUUUAUUUUUGAAGGGUUUCGGUGUUGUAUAACUGUUCUCCGAAUAGACUUUUUUUUCGGCGACUUCAUAAGCUGUGUUUUCAACCCGUCAACCAGAAACUAAUUCAAAUACUGGUUAAAUUGUAAUUUAUUAAUUGUAAUUUAUAAAAUACAUACGAAAUCAUUUUCGUAAAAUACUGGUACAAUAACACAUAAAAAUGUCAAAUUACUUGAUUUAAGUCUAAUAAAAUCCCUAAAUAUGCCGUGCUUAUAAAAUAUUUGUACUUGUUUUGCCUUCGGAGAACUGUUGUGCAGCUGGUUUUGAUAAAUGUUUCAUUUAUAUAAACUAAACACACAUUCCUUAAGGCAAGUUAUUGGCCAGUAGAACCUUAGUCUGUUGCAUCUCAAUUUGUGCGGAUAGCUCCCCGGUAACUUUCGUGAUAGAAAACAGUAGUUAAACGGUACAAUCAGGCUUUUUUAAUUGGAAUAAUCUGUGCAACAGUGCGUGAAAUUGCUGCAAUUCUUGGACAAAAGAAGAAACAUCGAUACUAAGCAAACCAGAAGUAGCGAACGAUGUAGAACAAUAUACGGUUUUUCUCAGCGAUGAACUUUUAUCGCCAACGGAAGGUAAUCAUUAAAUUUUGGCGAUGAUUUUUUUGCUCUCAACAAACGAAAAACGUUGCGUAAUAAUUGUAACAGUUAUUGACUGUAGGUGUAAUCCUUGAGGGAUUAAAUAAACGUAAUAUAA